UUUGGUUGGUCCAGAGAAAACUCUGUGGAUGUGAGUUUGAAUGAAAACGUAAGCAUUGCACUGCCCAGCAAAAGUGACUGUUUAUUUUCACUCCGUUUGGCCCUUCUAGGACAAGAUUCAUCAUUUGCCUUAGAGAAACCAGCACCAGCCAGGUACAGUGGAAAGAUAACAACAUUUCAUCUUUCAAGGGAGAACAUUUCAAGCUUAAGCACAUAAAACAUUCACUGUGAAGAAAAUAACAUUUUGAGACAUUUCUCUGUUGUGAGUGAUAGAGGAAAAACCAAUACAGAAGUGGACUUUCCUGUGUGUAUCUCCUUGUACUGCUUUUGAUAGCUUAGUAAUGAAGCCACCAUUAUGUCCUCAGUCAGUGAAGUAAAUGUUGAUAUCAGAGAUUUCCUAAUGAGCAUUAAUUUGGAGCAGUAUCUCCUACGCUUCCGCGAGUUUGGUUUUGAUACUGUGAAGGACUGUGCGGCAGUCAAUGACAGCGUGCUGCACAAAAUUGGAAUAUCACCUACAGGACACCGGAGGAGGAUACUGAAACAGUUGCAGAUAAUCUUGUCAAAAAUGCAAGGUAUCCCAAUAUAUGCAAAUGUUCAUAAAAUAAAGAAGGACGAUGAGACUUCAAAGAUUCCCCAUGCUCCAUUCUCUGAUGGGAGUAACUCCGUAGAUCUUUCAGAUGCAGGUGGUAUUCAUGCACCUAGCCCAACGCAGUGGGAGACUGUUACCAAAACUCUUGAUCAAAAUGAUGUUAGUGUAGAAAAUAGCCAGUCUCUUAAAUCAGAUGAUAAGCUGUCUCUUCCUAAACACAACUUUCCCCUUCCAGAAGAAGAACCACACCCAAGUUUGAAUUCUUUUCAGCAUACUUUAUUUGGUAGUGAAAAUAUUAAAGGAGAAUCUUUGAUUACAGAGAUAACUAUGGAUUGCACAAUCGAAGCGCAACAAACAAACAGAGCUGAUUUGAUCUCAGAAAAUGUGAGCCAGCUUCCUGAUGUAGACUCUGAAUGCCUUUCUUCCCUCCUCCCGUCAGUAUCAGAGGCAAAUUCUGGAAGUGGAACUAAUGGUUUAUUAGAAAGAUCACUGCCAUCCCCAUUCUUUCAAUUUCAAGGAGAGAUGGUUGUAAAUGAUUUGUAUGUUCCGUCGUCACCAAUCCUAGCACCCAUGAGAAGCCGUAGCAAGCUGGUUUCAAGACCAUCUAGAUCUUUUCUGCUAAGACAUCGUCCUGUACCAGAGAUUCCAGGGUCUACAAAAGGAAUUUCAGGGAGCUAUUUCCGUGAGAGAAGAAACAUUGCUACCUCAACUGGAAAGUCUGUGACACAGGAAAAUUCAAAGGAGGAAAAUUCAUCUUCCAUUUUUCCUUAUGGAGAGACCUUUCUCUUCCAGAGACUAGAAAAUUCCAAGAAGAGAUCUAUAAAGAAUGAAUUUUGGACCCAUGAAGAAACACUCAAAGGGGAAACAACUACUGAAAAAAACUCUUUUCUUGUGAAAUCAAGCAUAUAUGAUAACAGGAAGGAGAAUAUAAGCGAAGACAAAGCAGAAGAUAUUUGGAUACCUCGAGAGGACAAAGUUAAUUUUCCAGUAGACUCUGCUUCAGAAUCAGAAUAUUCAACAGUAGAAGAAUGCUUUCAGAGUUUAAGAAGAAAAAAUUCAAAGGCAUCUAAAUCUAGGACUCAAAAAGCAUUGAAUUUGGACCCUGUUAAUAGGCACAGUUAUCCGUUAAGCUCAACAAGUGGAAAUGCUGAGUCCUCAAUCGUUUCCUCAAAUGCAAUAUCUCCCUAUGCCUGUUUUUAUGGGUCCUCUGCAAGGAAGGUUAAAUCCGGAUGGCUAGACAAACUCUCCCCUCAAGGAAAACGCAUGUUUCAGAAGAGAUGGGUGAAAUUUGAUGGCCUUAGCAUUUCUUAUUACAAUAAUGAGAAGGAGAAGUAUUCAAAAGGAAUAAUUCCUCUUUCUGCUAUAUCUACGGUACGAGUUCAAGGAGACAACAAAUUUGAAGUUGUUACAACACAAAGAACUUUUGUUUUCAGAGUAGAAAAAGAAGAGGAGAGAAAUGACUGGAUCAGCAUACUGUUAAAUGCACUGAAAUCACAGUCCCCUGCCUUGCAGUCUCAAGCAGCUGCUGCACCUGAGAAAUGUGGAUAUCUUGAAUUGAGAGGGUAUAAAGCCAAAAUUUUUACUGUGUUAAGUGGAAACAGCGUGUGGCUUUGCAAAAAUGAACAGGAUUUUAGGAGUGGACUUGGUAUUACCAUAAUUCCUAUGAAUGUUGCAAAUGUAAAGCAAGUGGUCCGAACUGUAAAACAGUCUUUUGAAAUAAUCACUCCUUACAGGAGUUUUAGCUUUACAGCCGAGUCUGAAAAAGAGAAACAAGAGUGGAUUGAAGCUGUGCAGCAAUCGAUAGCAGAAACUCUCUCUGAUUAUGAAGUAGCUGAGAAGAUUUGGUUCAAUGAGUCUAACAGGAGCUGUGCAGAUUGCAAAGCCCCGGAUCCUGACUGGGCAUCCAUCAAUCUCUGUGUUGUCAUCUGUAAGAAGUGUGCAGGACAACAUAGAUCUUUAGGACCAAAAGAUUCCAAGGUUAGAAGUCUGAAAAUGGAUGCCAGCAUUUGGAGCAAUGAACUCAUUGAGCUCUUUAUUGUAAUUGGAAACAAAAGAGCAAAUGACUUUUGGGCUGGUAAUCUUCAAAAAGAUGAAGAAUUACACAUGGACUCACCCGUAGAAAAGAGAAAAACCUUUAUCACUCAGAAGUACAAAGAAGGAAGAUUCAGGAAGACUCUACUAGCGUCUCUCACCAAAGAAGAAUUAAAUAAGGCUCUGUGUGCUGCUGUAGUGAAACCAGAUGUUUUGGAAACAAUGGCUUUGCUCUUCAGUGGAGCCGAUGUCAUGUGUGCAACUGGAGACCCUGUGCAUAGCACCCCCUAUCUGCUGGCCAAGAAGGCGGGGCAGAGCCUGCAGAUGGAGUUUCUCUACCAUAACAAAUUCUCAGAUUUCCCUCAACAUGACAUUCACUCUGAAGGUGGAUUAGGUCAAGAGCCUUCCCAAUCCAUGUUCCUCUGUGACUUUUUGUAUCAGGCUUCUGCCGCUGUUUCUAAACUUUCUACAGAGAAAAAACUGCUUGAAGAGACAAAUAAAAAGUGGUGUGUUUUGGAAGGAGGCUUCUUGAGUUACUAUGAAAAUGAUAAGUCUACCACACCUAAUGGCACCAUUAACAUCAGUGAAGUUAUCUGCCUGGCUGUCCACAAAGAGGACUUCUAUUUAAAUACCGGGCCCAUCUUUACCUUUGAGAUCUAUUUACCCUCAGAACGUGCAUUUUUAUUUGGAGCAGAAACAUCUCAAGCUCAAAGAAAAUGGACAGAGGCAAUAGCCAAGCAUUUUGUUCCCUUUGUUGCUGAAAACUUAACAGAAGCUGACUAUGAUUUGAUUGGUCAACUCUACUACAAAGACUGCCAUACCCUGGAUCAGUGGAGAAAAGGCUGGUUUUCUAUGGACAAAUCUAGUUUGCGUUUUUGCCUUCCAAUGCAAGAAGUUCAGGAAUAUAGAAUGCACUUAAGAAGACUGCAAGAGCUAACAAUCAGCACAGUGGUUCAAAAUGGGGAAAAAAUAGAUGUCUUGCUCUUGGUAGAAAAAGGGAGAACAUUAUACAUCCAUGGGCAUACCAAGUUGGAUUUCACAGUCUGGCAUACUGCAAUUGAAAAAGCAGCAGGUACAGAUGGUAAUGCAUUACAAGAUCAGCAGCUCAGCAAAAAUGACGUUCCCAUUAUUGUGAACAGCUGUAUAGCAUUUGUUACACAGUAUGGUUUAGGAUGCAAAUAUAUCUACCAAAAGAAUGGUGAUCCUUUGCAUAUAAGCGAACUCCUGGAGAGUUUCAAAAAGGAUGCAAGGAGCUUUAAAUUGAGGGCUGGAAAACAUCAGCUUGAAGAUGUGACAGGCGUGUUGAAAAAUUUUCUCUCCGACAUUGAUGAUGCACUUCUUACUAAGGAGCUCUAUCCAUAUUGGAUCUCUGCUUUAGAUACUCAAGAUGACAAGGAAAGAAUUAAAAAGUAUGGGGCAUUUAUACGUUCUCUUCCAGGGGUCAACCGAGCAACGCUGGCAGCUGUAAUCGAACAUCUUUACAGGGUUCAGAAAUGCUCAGAAAUCAAUCACAUGAAUGCCCAUAAUUUGGCCUUGGUCUUUUCAUCCUGUUUGUUUCAAACUAAAGGACAAACUAGUGAAGAAGUGAAUGUAAUCGAGGACUUAAUUAAUAAUUAUGUUGAGAUAUUUGAGGUUAAAGAAGACCAAGUCAAACAAAUGGACAUAGAAAAUAGCUUUAUUACCAAGUGGAAAGACACUCAAGUUUCCCAGGCUGGAGAUUUGUUAAUUGAAGUGUAUGUAGAAAAGAAAGAACCCGACUGCAGCAUUAUAAUUCGGAUCUCUCCUGUGAUGGAAGCAGAGGAAUUAACUAAUGAUAUAUUAGCAAUAAAAAAUAUAAUUCCUGUGAAAGGUGAUAUCUGGGCCACAUUUGAAGUCAUUGAAAAUGAAGAGCUAGAACGCCCACUUCACUACACAGAAAAUGUGUUGGAACAGGUGCUUCGGUGGAGUUCACUAGCUGAACCUGGUUCUGCUUAUCUUGUGGUGAAGAGAUUCUUAACCAUUGACACAGUCAAUCACUAUAAUGAGAGGAGGGCCCUGGAAAGUAUCAAAGAAGGAGUCUUGAAAAUUAAAGAAGAACCAUCUAAAAUACUGUCUGGAAAUAAGUUUCAAGACCGGUAUUUUGUUUUACGAGAUGGGUAUCUCUUUCUCUACAAAGAUUCAAAGAGUAGUAAAUAUGAGAAAAUGUUUUCCCUGAGUUCAAUGAAGUUUUAUCUUGGAGUGAAAAAGAAAAUGAAGCCUCCAACAAGUUGGGGAUUGACAGCAUAUUCCGAAAAACAUCACUGGCACAUUUGUUGUGAUAACUUACAAACUCAGACGGAGUGGAUGGCCAGUGUCUUUAUUGCCCAGCAUGAAAAUGACAUAUUGCCACCAGCUGGAAAGGAACGAAAGCGUUCUAUAACCAAAAAUCCCAAAAUCGGAGGUUUGCCUCUAAUCCCAAUCCAGCAUGAGAAAAGUGCAACCCAAGCCAGGAAAAAUAUUGAGAGUGCGAGAGCAGAGCUGGAACGGCUGAGGCUCAGUGAAAAGCGUGACCAAGAGCUUGGGGAUGGCAGCUUAAGGGAGAGAGCCUCCAUGGUGGCCCAGUGCCUGGAGCACAAGGACGAGAAACUUCGAACUAGAACCAGAAAACAUCGGAGUUUCAACUGUCUGGAGGACACGGAGGCUGAGGUCCUUCAUGGGCAACAGAAAAGCCAGAAAGCUCUCAAGACGUGGAGGAAACCCGAGGACAGCAAUGGCAAAGCUGUUUUAGACUCUGAUAGUAAGUUACCAUCAAAGGUUAUUGAAGAACUUAGCCUGGUUCUGCAACGGACAAGAGCCCUUCCAAAAGACUUACAGGAUGAGGUCUUGCAGAAAGAGAUAAAAUAGUUUUGCAGAUUAUUUUUUUGUAAUAUUGUAUACAGUGUUUGCGUGCAAACCAGAAACCAAACAGUAAUUCAUGGUUUGUGAGAUUUGUCUAGCUAUACAUAAGCAUUUAAAUAGCAUUUUAAAAUGUAUAUGUACAUAUGUGAUAAGUGUAAGAUUAUGGUUUUUUUGGCCUGAACAAAAUUUGUACCGUUUAAGUGUAUUAACCUUGUGUAAGAAGGCAUUGGGUUACUGUGAGUCAGCCAGGCUUUUACAGUAGUUGUCUGUUGAAUGGUGUAAUUUAUGAGCAGAAAUCUCAAACUGUACUGUAUUGUAUAAAAUGUUUUAACUGAAGCCUAUGAAAUUAUAUGUAUCACAUUUUGCACUUUGAGAAACCUUGUAUAUUAAGUUACCAUAUGUUUUUAGGUUUACAUAGGGUCCACCAUAUGGAAAAGAAAGGGAAGUUGUAAAGAGGAAGGAUUUAUUUUAGUGGCUGCCUGUCAAACAUUGGAGUUUUCAAAUGAAGCAAGAGUUAACAAAAAACCAAGGAGGUCCAUUAAGAUUCAUUCUAGUUCACUAUGGACCAGAACUUAUUAAUGAGGAACUGCCUGUUAAGAAAAAACGUCUAGUGACUGCUUCCCAAGGUAAUGUUCAGCCAACAAACACGAAUCAUGGCACUGGCCACACUUACUUAUGGUGUUAGGGAACCAUCCACGGUGUGCAUUCACUACUCUCCAGUUCUUCGCAGGUGGCUGCUGAGAAGAAACUUAACACUGCGUUGAAGACCUGGCAUGGUUGCCAUUUGCACUGACUGUUGCUGUGUACAUUUUUUUAAAAUUCCUUAGUAUGGAUUUUGUACAAAUUCAUUAUCACAGGGUUUUGUUACUGUGUUUUAAUUUUUUUGUCAUUGCUUUACCUUGUAUUUCAUUUCUUGUUAUUUUAAGUAAGGUUGUGAUCUCUUUCUCCACAACGUCGUAAUUAACUGGAAAUAUACAACACAUGGCCAUUUUAGAGUGGGGGAUAGUUUACCCCACUUUUGGCAGCUACCAGUUCACAUUUAAUCAGGUCUCUUUAAAAAAAAAAAAAAAAGUAGUCUCCUCCUGUGCCUAAUAAAUGAUAAAGCCCUCUGUUUUUUGCCUCCACAUUAGGGUCAGCUACUGAGUUGGUGGUUUUCCUCCAACAGACGAUCCUGUCUAAGUAUAGUUCACUUUAGGGACAGCGCUUUUCAUCCAUUUCCUAAGAAUUUUGUUAGGUCUGAUGAGGUUUGAUUAAAAUUAUCUUAUAUAGCUAGGUCUUAUUUCAGCCACUUAUUUUACCCCCCUUUACAGGGUCUUCUUCAGAAUCUGUUAUACGAAAGCCCAUACUUUUGUGAGUCUGGUCAUUGUAUAGGAAUGUACUCUUAAAUACUCUGAAUUUCUUCCUUGUAAAAUACUGAUCACUUCUAUUUGGUGGUGAUAAAAUAGUUUACCAUGGAGGUGUGAUAUUUAUUCUUUAAAUCUGUACUGAUUAAAAAAAAAUUCUAAAGAAACUGCAGGUCAGUUUAUGAAAUAGGUGGCAGCACUGGGGAGCCUUCAUGUAAAGCAAGAAAUCAUGGUACUUAGGAAAAAAACCUAAAACUAUUAUCCCUAAUAAAUUAUAAUAUUUAUGGGAUGAGGCAUAUGGACUAUAAUUGACCAUGGGAAAGUAUCUGGAGUUUUUUACCUGCCUUCUCUGAAGACUUUUGAAACUUGAGCUUAGAAUCAAAUAUAGCUCUGUUUCCCUUCCUUUCCUGUAUGUUUGUCUCCAUUUUUCAAGAGUAAGAUAAGGGCUAACGAUGACAUCUCAUAUUUUGAAUAAAAAUUCAGUUGUUUUACAAGUUCACUUGAAUGUGAUUAUUUUCUGAAGUUAAAGGUUAUUUAGAAAUAAAUCUGAUCAUCUUACCUUUUCUCUUUUUUAAUCAUUUGAAUUUAUUAUAUAUACUUCAAGCUUUCAUUUUUUCCAAACAUUAUGAAUAUUCUGUUAUUUUAAAUGAUUAAUAUACACAGAUGUGACACAAACAUAUUGAUGGUCCUCUUUCAUUUCUAUAGCCCUAAGAUUAAUUACAAGGCAUGGAUUUUAAAUAUUUGACCUCUAAACAAAUCACUACCUGACGAUUUAUCCAAAUGGCAUUGAGAAUUCAGAACUAAGCACAAGUAAUUGAAGCAAAAUAUGACUUGUGUACAUUAAUAGCUGCCAGUUUGCGUUGUUUAGAGGACAAUUUAUAAUUCUAAAAUACACAUAACUGUAUAUUGCAAAAGGAAAUAUUUUUGAAGAUGCAUCAAAUUUAUUUGAAGAGAUUGUACUGUUCAGAUAUUUUCAUGUUUGCUCAAACUUUUGAUAAUUCCUCUGGAGAAAAGAUGAUUAAACUUUUACCAUCUUAUGGGACACCCUGGUAGAGCAUACUACUCUUGAUCUCGGGGUUGUGAAGUAUGAGCCCCACAUUGUGUAUAGAGAUUACAUAAAAAAAAAAAAAAAAACUUUACUAUCUUAAAACUAUCUGCACCAAAACUUUGAUAAUUAUCAUUCACUCGUCAAAAGAUAGAAUUAGGGGCACCUGGGUGGCUAAGUCAGUUAAGCAUCUGACUUCAGCUCAGGUCAUGAUCUUGUGUUCCAUGAGUUCAAGCACCGUGUCAGGUUCUGUGUUGACAGCUCAGAGCCUGAAGCCUGCUUCAGAUUCUAUGUCUCCACCUCACUCUGCCCCUCCCCUCCCCUCCCCUCCUCUCUCUCUCUCUCUCUCACAAACAUUAAAACAAGAAGAAUUAAGUUUAUAACGCGAACAGUUUUCUGUCAUGUGUACGUUUAUCUCUAAUCAUUUGGAAAUGCAAAGCACAGAAAUGAAUAUUACAGGUAACGAAAGUUUAUCUGUUUUAUAUCUCAGUUAUUUUUGUUGCAAAUGUUCUAAGCUAGUAUUGUAUGUUCCUAUCCUCUCUGCUAUGGUAUCAUAUGUUGAAUGUAAACUUAAUAAUUCAGAUAACUCUAUAGAUUUAAGACCUUUUAUGAAUUAUAGGAUUCGUGUUCAGAAUCUAAAUGUCCUUAUCUGAGAACUGGGAAUAAUACCUAUCUGGUAGGCAUUUUGUGAUGACUAAUUUUAUACAUAUAUAUAUAUAUAUAUAUACACACACACACACGUAUAUAUAUUUAUAUGUGUGUGUAUAGACAUACAUACAUUUAUUGCAUAGAGGUUUAAUAAAUAUUACUUAUUAACGUAUUAGUUUUUCUAGCUGUCAUUUGGUUCAAGUUCUGAGGCUUCCUACUGGUUUUAAAAUUGCCUCUAUCAAUUUUUUUCCCUUCUCUUUUAAAAUAUGCACUAAUACAACAGAUUACCAUAGGUCGUGGGCUGAAUUGUGUUCCUCCAAACUCCAUAUAUUGAAUCCCUAAUCCCCAGUACCCCAGAAUAUGGAAUAUUUAGAGAUGAGGCCUUUAAAGAGUUGAUUAUUAGUAUGGGCCCUGAUCAAAUCUGACUGGUGUCCUUAAAAAAGGAAAUUUGGACACAUGAAGAAACACCAGGGGAUAUAUGUGCACAGAAGAAAGACUGGGUGAAGACAUGGCAAGAGGCCGGCUUUCCGCAAGCCAAGGAGAGAGGCCUCAGACAAAACCAAACUCUUUAACAUCUUGGUCUUAGACUUCUAGCCUCUAGCACUGUAAGAAAAAGUCCUAUUGUUUAAGCUACCCAGUCUGUCAUAUUUUGUUAGUGAAAGCCCUAGCACACUUUUAUGUUAAAUAAAGAUGUCGGAUAAACAGAAUACUUACAAGUAUCAGUUCUUACACUCUUGUUCCCCCACAUCUCAGAAUAUCUUGGUAACAUGACAUCAGUGUAAUCAAUACAAUGUAAUAUUAUAGCUAUCAUAAUGAUUAAUGGAGGAUGAGAGACCAUGUGGAGAUGUAACUGCUUAGAAGUCAGCUAGCAAGGUAACUUAAAUGCUGAAGUAAUACAGCAUAAACCAUUGAAAUUUUGCCCAGCAAAAUUAUAGCUUGGGCCUGCUUGUAAAGAUUCAAAUUCUAUGACAUCAAGAACACUCUUCCUGCAGAGAAGAUGCCAACCCUUCACAUACUUGAAAGAGAAUACUGUGAAUCCUUUCAACGAACAACUCAGAUCUUGAGUUCAAUAACAGGAGUAUUCACUAGACUAGGUAGAGACAUAAAGUCAUGUCAGUCAACACAGAUAAGCCAAACCAUAAUCCUACUGCCUGAGACUGGAUCAAAAUUAACCUUCAUCAAAUCAAAGUGACAUGUGUAUAUCAUUAGAGGGGAUCUCAUCUUCCCUUCCAGCAAACUGUCUCACUUACCACCUUUUUCAUCCCCUCCCAUUUUCUCUCUGAACCCUCUUCAUUCAGGCUUCUGUUCCCUGCCAUUUACCAUAACUGCUGCCGGUAAGGUCAAAACAACCUCAUUGCUAAUUCAAAUGGUCACUUUUCAGUCAUUUCAGUCAUCGUACCUGACCUUUCACCAUCUGUAGCAUUUGACACAGUUGGUCAUCCCGCCUUUGUGAAAUAUAUUCUAGCAUUGGUCCCCAUGAUAUUUCUGUCAUGUGGUUUUCUUCCUCUUCACUAGUCAGUCUUGGAUCCCCUAAUGGAUACUCAUCUCUAUAUAAAUGAAUUCCUAGAGGAACCCAGCUAAUCUCAUAGCUUCAAAUAUAGUACAUAUUCGUGUCUAUCCCAUGCAUUUAGUUCCAGCCUGGACCUACCCACUGAGCUUCUGACUGUAAUUUACAUUUCCACUGAGUGUCCAGCUGUCAUCUCAAAUACACUAUAUCUAAAUCUCUUUAUCCUUUCCAUUCUACCCUCUUCUGCCCUUCCCAGGACUCAGGUACAGACAGAUUAAGCAGAUUAUUCAGGUAAUGAUAAGCAAAGUUGGCAUUUGAAUGCAGGCAGUCUAGCCCAAAAGUCCACACUUCUCCACUCUGCAUUAGAUUGUUCAGGCCACUGACCUAUCUCACCUGAAAGAUUACAAAAGAUUCAACUUUUCUCACUUGUACUAUGUGGAACAAAUCACAGACUAAUCUUUUUAAAUAUAAGAAAGGCCAAAUUAAUCUUCUUAAAUAUAAAAUAGUCUCUCCUACCAACCCCUGAAUAGGUUUCUAUUUCUGUUAAAUGGAAUGUAAUCUAUAAAUGGAAGCCCUGGAAUAAUUGGUUUCAAUGUGCCAACUGCUACUUCUGUCAUCUCACCAAUCCUCACCUCCCUCACUUUGCUACAAGCAUACUUGUUCCUCAAAAUCACCAAACAUGAAAAUGCUUUAGCUUUGCAGGAACUAUUCCCUGUCAGUAGCACACAGUCCAGACAUACACGUCUUACCUUCAUUUAUGUCAUCAAAUAGCUCCUUACCAAACAGACCUUCUCUAAACAUCCCAUAUAAAAUGGCAUCAUCACUUUCUAUCCCUGUAUCUUCUUAACAUAGGAAUUCAUCACCAUCUAACAAUGUACAUAUUUAUUAGUAUAUAUUUUAAGUGUCUAAUUAUUUACACUAGAAUCUAUCAGUGUAGAAUCUUAGGUCAUCACUAUAUUCCCAGCACCCAGAACAGUGCCUGUAGUCUAUAGUCAAUAGUGAAAUAUACAGUAAAUAAAUGAAGUCAUGGCAUAAGGAAAUAGUUUGAAGAAGAAAAGUCAUCCCACCAAGAGCUAGGAACAAUGGAUUAAAAAAAUUUUAUAAAGUCUAUUGCUGAAAGCAGUAGGAAUAAAUGUGCCAAUAUUCUCAGGAAGUAGGAACAUUCAAGAUGUGAGCUGAUACUGUACAGCUUCUCUUUUUCUGGGGCUAUUCACAGAAUCUAUGCAUAAGGAAAUAAGUUGAAAAUAAUCUGGUCUUUGAUCAAGUUGAGAGAUGCUUUUCACAGAGAGAUAAAUCAGCAGAGAUUUUGGACUCUUGUAUAGCUAAGGAGGCAAAUUUGGAGACUCAAGGGACAAAAAUCUCAGGAAGGGAAAAAUAAAAACUGACUAUAGCUGGUUUCCCCUUUUAAGACAACUUACUGAAUAAUGAUGCCUAUGGCAGUAGGCUAAUAAGCUCAGUGGGAAGUCUUCUAUAGCAGAGUUGAGUUUUUUGUAGGCUUCUAGUACUAAGAAAUCAAAGAUUCAAGUUUAUUUACUAUCAUGGAGAGGUUCCCUUGUGAACAUACAAGCUCCAGUUGGAAUCCUGAGAGAUCCAUAUGGUCAGAGCAGGUAUGAAUUGGAAUCUUAACAGAGCAUGGUCAAAACUGCCUCACGAACUCAAUUCAGUUUAGACCCUGAUUGGGUCAAGAUUAUCAUCUUCCUCUAUUAAAAGAGGAAAACAUAAAUACUCUCUGAAGAAAUAUAUUAUGUAGAGCUUCAAAAAAUCUUUUCACUAUCUGGCAUAAAAUAAAAGGCAUCCACCCUUCUGAUACUAAAACCAGAUAAAGACACUCCAAAUAAAAAAAAACAAAA